AUGGCGACGUUCGUGUCGUCGCGCUGCGCACCCCGGCGUGCGGGCCCGCUCUGCGCGAUGGAGAAGCCCCCGCCCCCCGUUAAGACGUCUUCUCCGCCCACGACUCGCCCCAAGCCUCCGAAACCCGGCCCGAACCAGCUCAUGCCAAAGGGUCGCAACGUCGCCGAGAGGAUGUUCUCGGCGGGCGGGAUCUCGCAGAUGCGGCUGUACGAUGGGGACCAGGCGCGUCUGGUCGCGGCGGUGGCGAGGCACCUCCAGGCGCUUCGCGAGAUCCCGGAUUUCCUUCCGUACCUUCACGUCGACGUCGACGCCGUCCGCGAGGGACCCAGCACGGUGUGCGACGGCCUCGGCGUGUUCGCCACGAGGGACCUGAAACCUCACGAGAUCGUCACGCUCUACCCAGCCACGAACGAGGUGUCGCUGCGGGCGGCGCGGGACGACGACCGCGCGCCGGCGUCCGUCUGGCGAUCCGAGACGUACGCCGAACCCAAACCCGACUACGCCAUGUUCAACGGCAGUACCACGUGGGCGAACGCCGUCCUUCGCCUCGAAGCGGACCCGACGCUGCCCAUCCUGCCCGGGUUCCUCGGCCACCUCGUCAACGACGCGUGCGCGCCUCCCUCCGACGCCGACGACAUCGAACACGCGCGGCGGUACCUCGUGAAGACGACGAACGAAACCAACUGUCACGCGGUGCCGUUCCCGUCCGGGGUGGUGGCCAUCGCGACGAGCAAGGAGGUGAGGGCGGGGGAGGAGCUCUUGAUGACGUAUUCCUUCGCGUUUGACGGGGAGUUUAUGUCUGGGGUGCUCAAAGACCCGGCGAAAAGGAAGCAGAUGCUCACGAACGCCUUCGCGACGGAGAUGAAGGUGGCGAGCGGAACUCCUGGUGGACGUGGCGGAUGA